GCGGCCCAACCCAAAAUGUGCUCGAUAAGAAAAGGGUUCUUUGCCCAGCAGACGGACUCGACUUCUUACCGGAGUGAGGACGAAGGGGAUCCCAAGUCUCAACCCAGACGAACGGGAGGAGGACCUCGCGCAGCGCGGCCAUGGCGAAGCAGGGGGCGAAGAAGAUGAAGGACGAGAAUAAGAAGCGCUUGGACUUACUCCUGCGCCUCAUCCUCGCAUCCAACGCUGUUUACAUAGUAGUGAGGAUGGCUAUAAUGCAUUCAUCCUUCACCUGGAAGCAUUGGAUUGGCCUUAUGGUAACAUCCGCUGCAUAUUUUCUUUCAUACAAGCAACUCGCCAGUAUGGCAAAACCAGUUUACUCUGAUAAUGGAGAACUACUGGAUGGUGGCUUUAACUUGAGCACUGGUGGGAUUUGCGAGUAUUUACAUGAUGUGAUUUACAUCACCAUCUUUGUGCAGCUGAUGUCCAUCAUUUCUGGAAAAUUUUGGUGGACAUAUUUAGUGAUUCCAGCAUUUGCUGGGUACAAGGUUUUGGGUCUGUUGAGAGGAACAUUUUUCAGUGGUGGUUCAGAGGGUGAAGUUGAGGAUGAGAAGACCCGAAAGAAAAGGGAGAAGAUGGAGAAGAAGGCAUCUAGGGGGAAGAUGAUCAAAACUAGGACUCGUUGAUAUGUCAGCUAUGGCCUGUUGAUUGAAGGUUAGGUUGCUUAAUCAUAGCUGUCCAACUGAAAUCCAAGCUGUUUGGCGAGUAUUGUAUCAUGAUGAUAAUGUUCAUCCAUCAGUUUCUCCAAACAGCUAGCAUUAUGUAGCACAAAUGCCAACUAAUCACCAACUUAUUUGAUCAAUAUUCUCAUAAGAAUUUCCUAUAUAAUUUCUGAUUCUUUGUGACC